AUGAACGGCAGUGACAGCAUCAAGCAGGCCGCCAUCAACAAGGCGAAACAGGUCGCAAGUAGCGUCAACCCAACCAACGGGAACAGCGACAAGAAGCGACGGAAACAGGAGGCUCUGAAACCUAUCAUUACGACCGAGCAACAGAGAGCAGCGCUUAAUAGUGGCGGCUCGCCAAGCACAUCGUCGCCGUUGAAUCCUCAAAAGGCGCAGUACGGUCAAGACGUCCAUCAAUCGCCUACCGCCUCCGACUCGUCUGGCGACGAAGCUACCGAAAACACGGCAGACGAGGAAGACUCAGAGGACUACUGCAAGGGCGGUUACCACCCUGUGCAGGUAGGCGAGCAAUACAAUGACGGCAAAUACACGGUCGUCAGAAAGCUCGGCUGGGGUCACUUCUCGACUGUCUGGCUGUCAAAAGACAAUACUACUGGCAAACACGUUGCGCUCAAGGUCGUCCGUUCUGCCGCGCAUUACACCGAAACUGCACUAGACGAGAUCAAGCUCCUGAAAAAAGUGGUCGAUGCGAACAAGAACCACCCCGGCCGCGCGCAUGUCGUCAGCCUGCUCGAUUCAUUCAAUCACAAGGGUCCCCAUGGCAUGCACGUGUGCAUGGUCUUUGAGGUGCUGGGCGAGAACUUGCUCGGGCUGAUCAAGAGGUGGAACCAUCGUGGAAUCCCAAUGCCUCUCGUCAAACAAAUUACGAAACAGGUGCUUCUCGGCUUGGAUUACCUGCACCGCGAGUGCGGCAUCAUCCACACAGACUUGAAGCCGGAGAAUGUUUUGAUAGAGAUUGGUGACGUGGAGCAGAUCGUCAAGACUUACGUCAAGGAAGAUGAGACUAAAGAGAAGGAUGAUCGUCGCAACGGUGGUGGACGGCGGCGGAGGAGGACGCUCAUCACUGGUUCGCAGCCACUUCCAAGCCCGUUGAACGCCAGCUUCUCACAUAGCGAUCUCACCAACUUCCCGGGUAUCAGUAAAGUCAUGGCAGAAAACAAAGAAGGCGGGGCUCAAAAGGAGAGGGAGAAAUCAGCUGACCAGCUAGCAAACAACGUUUCCGACAUGGAUCUUGGCACAUCCCAAAAAUCCAAGGAUGACGAACCAGAACUCAAUUUCGACAUCAUCUCAGUCAAGAUCGCAGAUCUGGGCAAUGCAUGCUGGGUUGGGCACCAUUUCACAAACGACAUUCAGACACGACAAUAUCGCUCACCGGAGGUCAUUCUGGGAGCAAAAUGGGGAGCGAGUACAGACGUUUGGAGCAUGGCUAGCAUGGUUUUUGAACUCAUCACGGGCGACUACCUUUUCGACCCGCAAUCUGGGACCAAAUACGGUAAAGACGACGACCACAUCGCGCAAAUCAUCGAGCUUUUGGGCACCUUUCCUAAAUCCCUCUGUAUCAGCGGGAAGUGGUCGCAAGAGAUUUUCAACCGCAAAGGCGACCUCCGAAACAUCCACCGUCUGCGACACUGGGCCCUCCCGGACGUACUCCGAGAGAAAUACCACUUCGAAGUCGACGAGGCCAAGCGGAUUGCAGAUUUCCUGCUCCCCAUGCUGGAAUUGCAACCAGCGGAACGAGCAAACGCAGGUGGCAUGGCCAACCACGCAUUCUUGGAAGACACCAAGGGUAUGGGCGGUGUGAAGCUGGAAAUCCCUGUAGGGAGCAAGGGAGACGGCAUCGAAGGGUGGGCCACCGAAAUUAAGAAGGCUAGGUAG